AAAUGGAAAAUGCCGAAUUGUAGAAUGUAUAUUUCAUAUUUUAUAUAAUCAAACAAAUAAUUUUUCAUUCUUUUUUAUUUGUAUCUGUGAAUCACUGUGUACAUCAAGGUUCAAUCAAAUCACAUUGAUUCGGUACUUUGGAAUUUAAUUAUUUUUUUGGUGCUAUUUGCAAUUAUUUUGCGAUUCCAUUCGCUCGGUCGUUGUUCGGUGUGUAAUUGCUCAAAGUUUUCUUUGUGUGUGUGUGUGCGAUUGUAUGUUUUUUGUCCAUUGUCUGCGCUUUUAUUUUCGUCAGAAGUCAAUUUGAAAGCGAAAAACUUCGAAUUUUAUUGGAAAAGAAGAAAAUAAUCGGCGUAUUCACUUUUGAUACAUCGAUUUCGAAUCGAUAAAUCGAAUAAAAUCAUGUCUCUGGCAUAUGGACAACAACAACAAACGCCUCAAGCGGCACAACAGCCACCGAUUGGUGCAGCACCGAAUCAACAGCAACAUCGUGCAAUGCCGCCAAAUCGAGGUCCCGCACAAGGACCACCACCGCCAAGUCCGGCUCACAUUCAAAAAAUUCUCGACGAAAAUUGUAGUCUCAUUCAAACCAUUCAAGAAUUUCAACAUGCUGGCAAAAGCCAUGAAUGUAUGUCUUAUCAUCAGACACUGCACCGUAAUCUCGUUUAUUUAGCACAACUUGCGGAUUCAACACAAAAUGUAAAUCAAAUUCUACCACCACCACAUGUUUUGCAAUCUUCGAUGGGACAACAAAUUCCACCGAUGCAUCAUCCAUCAAAUGAAGGUGGCAAUCAACCACCAGGCGGACCACAAAAUCCAAAUCAACAACCACCAAUUGGGGGUCCAUACAAUCACAUGCAACAUCAAAUGCCAUUGCCAAAUUCAUCGCACAUGCAACAACAACAACAGCAGCAGCAGCAACAGCAACAACAACAACAACAGCAACAGGGACAGCAACAUCCUGGCCAGAGCCAUCCAUCGGCACCGCAACAUGGUCCACAGCAUCCAGGACCUCAACAUCCUGGCCAACAGCAUCCAGGUCCACAACAUCCUGGCCAACAACAACAUCCAAUCUCAAAUCAGCAGCCACCGCCUCCUCAACAAAACGAUACUGCGGGACCAGCUGGUCAACCUGGUGCGGGGCCACAGCCAAACUAUCGAAAUGCUGGUCCACCGACUUCCGUUCCUCAAUCUCAAGCUCAACCCCAACAGCCACCAGUUCAAUCACAUCCACCGUUGUCGCAUGCCCAACAGCAACCACCACAACCGCCACAAAAUGAUACGGCUGCUGGACCACCGCAGCAGAAUUUCCGAAACGCACCACCGCCAAAUGCAAUUCCACACUCUCAGCCCCAACAACAACCGCCACAUUCUCAACCGCCAAUUCAAUCGCAUCCAACGAUACCACAUUCGGUUGCCAAUACACCACAUUCGCAAGCACCACCAAUGCCAAUGUCAACUACACCCCAACCUACAGCUCAACAACAGCAACAACCAACAGUUGCAGCUCCUACGACACAGCCCCAAGGUCCACCAACACAGGCACCAAAUCAGCCACCACAACAACCACCAAGUCAACAGCAUCCAAGCUCUCAACGGCCCAACGCUGUUCCACCAAGCUCACAGGCACCGACCGUUCCAGUUUCGCAAGCAUCACAACCACCGGUUGCACAACAACAACAAGGUCCAGGGCCACAAGCUCAACCUCCAAAUCAGCAACAACCUCCUCAGCCAGGUCAACAACAAGCUCAACCCUAUCGUGGAUAUCAACAGCCUCAGCAUUACGGUUAUGGUCCACCACCUCAAGGGCAAGGUUAUCAACCGAAUAGCUAUCCACCAGCCAUGCCACCGUAUGGACCACAAGGUUAUGCACCGAACGCAGCGCCUCAGGUUUAUCACCACGGAAUGCCACCGUCAACAACACAUCAACCUGGUUAUCCACCACCACCUGGUAAUCAGCCAAUGUAUGGACCCCAUUCGCAAAAUAUGUAUCCACAAAAUGCACCGCCGCCAAUGAACUACUAUGGUGGCCCAAACCCGGCUUAUCCCAAUCCAUAUCCACCGCCACCACAACAAUAUCAACCACCAGCACCUGGAUAUCCGCCAGGUUCUCAACAAGGACAACCAAUUCCACCGCCAACACACCAUCAACCUGCAGCUAAUCCUCCAGUGGUAAAUUCAAUACCAACGUCGGCUGCAAAUCCAAAUCAAACAACAUCGCCGCCAAACACUUCAAAUGGCAGUCAAGCACCAACUAUCGGAGGAGGACCACCACCACCAGUUACAGGGGCACCACAACAAACCCCAGUAACCGGCGCACAGCAGCCACCAGCUCAACCGCCAGCUUCUGGUAAAGCAAUGCCUCCCAAUUCUCAACCAAUGUCAAUGGCUCCGCCGCAUCCAAAUAUGCCGCCUCCACCACAAAACAGUCAACCGCCAGCUGGUUAUCAGCCACCAGGGCCAAUGCCACCACCAGUAUCAGGAGCUCAUUCACAGCCAAACUAUACUCAGCCUCCUCAGCCCCAAGUACAGAACAGUACAGCGCCAAAUGCUCAAUUGCCGCCACCAGUUGGUCAAAAUAUCUAUUCGCAACAAUAUCAAGGUCCACCACAAGGUCCCUAUGCACCAGGUGGCCCCAAUUAUCCGGCCACACAUGCAGGUUAUCAUCAACAAAACUAUCAUCCGGCUCAAAACUAUCAAGCAUACAGGCCUCCACCUGGUCCACCUGCUCCUGGUGCUUACACGGGCUACCCAGGUUACGGUCAACCACAACAAUAAUUCAUCACUCACUAAAAAAAACACAAGCAAUCUAUUAUGCUUGAUGCAAACAACGACGCAUACAGGCGAACCAUAAAACUAGCGCUUUUUAAUCGUAUACAUUUCAAUUGAUUCCUAAUCGACAAAUCACAUAGAAUAUUCACAAUUUUAUAUAAAGCUCUCCCAUCAUACUUCAACACUCUAUCGGCAAUUUAAUGGUUAAAAUGUUAAGCAUGGUCUAUUUUACGAUUUUAAUCUCUUGAUGCAAAUGCCAGAGUUAAUUGACAACCCAAUGAGAAAUAAAACAUCCGCAAUUUUAAUGCAAC